CCCAUCACACACCCCAGCACACCAGGGUAGGAAACUUAUAACCUCGGGAAGCGGGUGCCUUCCGUCACUGCUGUCAUAUACUUCCAGAAGAGCGGACCAGAGCCGCCACUAGCUCAGGUCACUCAUCAUUAGGGCAUCUGCCACUGGACCUUCUUCCAGAACGUUCUACUCACAAAUCACCAGAAACCCAAGAUGUUGGUGUUACUUGCUGGUAUCUUUGUGGUCCACAUCGCCACUGCUAUUAUGCUGUUUGUUUCCACCAUUUCCAAUGUCUGGGUGGUUUCAAAUACUAUAGAGUCAUCUGUGGGUCUUUGGAAAAACUGUACGAACGGUAACUGUGAAAGCUCCCUGUCAUAUGGCAAUGAAGAUGCCCUCAAGGCAGUGCAGGCCUUCAUGAUCCUUUCCAUCAUCUUCUCCGUCAUCUCCCUCGUGGUCUUCAUAUUCCAGCUCUUUACCAUGGAGAAGGGAAACCGAUUCUUCCUCUCAGGGGCCACCAUGCUGGUGUGCUGGCUGUGCAUUCUGGUUGGAGUGUCCAUCUACACUCAUCACUACGCCAACAGUGACAGGAACUUUGCCCCUAGCACUCACCAUGGCUAUUGCUUCAUCCUGACCUGGAUCUGCUUCUGCUUCAGCUUCAUCAUUGGUGUUCUUUAUAUGGUUCUGAGGAAGAAAUAAGGGUGUACAAAUGUAUGGGGAUGGAGGGAGCGGGGAGGGAAGGAGAGAGCAGCUUAAUCUGGGAGGGAAAUGGAAGUCAUUGGGUAGGAAAAAACCAAGAGAAGGGAGGGGGAGGGGGAGGGGAAGGAAGAGUGGGGAAAGCUCAAACCCAAACCACUCUGGGGCGGUGUGUGUGUAUUCUCUAUUGCCAAGUGCCUGCCCUUUGGAGAGAGGUUGUUGCUACUAUGCUGAUGCUUCCUUGAGGUGGCCAGAGAGCCCCCUGCUAGCCACCAGAUACACCCUCCAUCUGCCCUCAGUUGUACACAUGGUUUGAGUCCCCAUCGAUUGCCAUACCGCUGACUCCACUCCUGGGUCACACAUUGAGGUCUUGUUGACCUAUGUCAUUAAGUUCCAGUAGCGGUACAAGUCCUGUCAAGAGCAGAUACAGUCUCCGUGCUGAGCGUGCUAAGCCUGGAAGCUGGUCUGUCCUUAUAACCUGAAGCAAAGCAUCACAUUCAGAUCCCAAGUGACUGUAGGAGGGCUUUGGCCAGGGAGCCAUUGCCCCUAUUUGGUGGAAUUUUUGGCAAAAGGGCAGGAAGAGAGAGGGUUUAUAAGACCAAGUUGGUGGAAUUAGCUAAACCAAGAAACAGAGGACCUGGGGGAUAGGCAGAGCCUCCAUCACACUUCACAAAGCUGUCCCUCAGAGGGGCCUCUAGACUCUUGCUCAAAGCCAAGGCAGCUCUUCUCUUCUGGAGUUUCUCUAGAGCCACUAGUGCACCCCACAAACUGUAAGGUCAAAGGGCUAGUGCUGUGGUAGGGUUAAGUUUUUUAGGAUUUCCCUCAAUGCACACAAUGUAUCUUGUAGGUAUAACAGGAGAGAGAUGCAUGUGGCUCCUUGCAAUAUUAUCCCGUUACUCUUUCUCUAAAAUUAUGAACUUUUGAGGAAGUUCUGUUUAAUGAUCCACACUGGGGUCAUUGUAACUUUCACACUGGCCCCAGUGGUCCCCCUCAGUGGCCUUGCUCACAUUGCUUUUCAAAUGAGGCGUGGCAAUUCUCGAUGCCAAUUAAAUCACACAGAAACAAACCUAAACCAAAGAACAAGUCCUUGGGGGGGGUGCUUUCUAGUUUUAAAGAAUUAGACAUACCAUUUUUCAGUUACAAUAAGAAUAGAGUAUCUGCUCCCAGGAAAAAAAAUUUUUUUAAAUCCCAUGAGAUGAAUAAAGUACAGGUGAUGGGCAGAUAUUUUCUUUUUUAUUUUUUAAAGCAGCAGAAACUCUUGGGGUAUAUCCAGUCAACUAGUAGCUGAGCUGUCAGGGGCCACAGGAGUAUUUCUAUAGAGGACUUAGAAGUAGUGUGUUUAUUCCUGGUUCAGCAGGCAGAGCUCUGCCUAGAGCAGCUAUUUUAAAGCCAUCUCAGAUUCUGCCUGAAGGGUUUUCUUUUUGGAAAUCAUUUCCUUUAUUGCCCUUAGAAGAUCUACCCUGGGAAGAGUCUGAUGAAUCUUGCCUACUUCCUUCCUUUAGGGUUCUCUUUAUCCAUUUCUUAUAUACCUUUCUUUUUUUGGGGGGGGUUGUUAUGCCAUAAUUACUGGUAUUUAUGUAAAGGGACUAUUACUGAGUAUAUUUCUCUAUGUUUAUUCUGUUAAAGGGAAUGCUAAAGGCAGGUUACUAAAUUAAGUGGACUGAGGAUAGAAAGAUUGUGAGGCAAUGAACUUUUAAAUUAUGAUUUGAUCAUCCCAUGAUUGGUCAAGGCUGUCUAAUGUGCAGAAGGGUAUCUAUUAGAUAUUAGCUAUAGCCAAAAAGUCUCAUUUUGUUAAAAAGUUGAAUUGUAACUGGAGUGAGCCGUGCAUUCCCUUGCCUUUUACUUUUUUUCUGUGACAUUUACAUCUUAUGUAAUUUGCAUUGCAUUGGUGGAUUUUCCUAGUACUGUAUUUGGCUUCUUCGUUAAUAGAUUAUUUCAUAUACUAUAAUUGUAAAUAUUUUGAUACAAAUGUUUAUAACUCUAGGGAUAUAAAAACAAAUUCUGAUUCCA